AUGACUACCCGUGAUAAUCAUCUCAUAGUAAUCGUUCCUUCGCAACCACUCUUCCCGCCGCCUUUCACUAUUGAUGAACUUAAAAUUACUUAUGAAACUUAUGUUGACGGAAGGCCUCCUAGAUCACCAACGGCCUUUAUCAUUUAUAGGACUGCCUAUCAGCAGCAGUUGAUUGCUGACAAUAACCUUCCACCUUGGUGUAUAUUUUCGCAUAUGGCAAGCAUCUCCUAUAGUCGAGAACCCAGACAUGUUAAGAAUGCUUACGCGCAUCUAUCUUCUUCAUUGCGAUCCAUGCAAUAA